CAAUCAGCAAGGAUUUGAACACUCGCUGACGGAUGUUAUGUUUAUAAUUGCUACUGUGAUGUUUGUAAAAAUCAACCAGUAAGACUAUUAAAAGGGUUCUGGCGCAACUUUCAACUGGCAGCCGUUCAACUAUUUGAAGAAUGUUCUAAAGCUUCUGCAUUUUUGUCAUGUUAAGAAUAUGCAAUUGGUUGACAAAAUGCAACUUAUCACCAUACCAUUGCACACUAAGACUUUCUUCCAAAUAUCAGUUUUUUAAUGAAUCUGACCUGUAUGAAAUGUUCGUUCUUGGUACUGGACCGGGUGGCCAGUCAAUUAAUACAACUGCCAAUUGUGUUGUCUUAAAACACAUUCCUACAGGUAUCGUGGUGAAGUGUCAGGAUAGUAGAGAGCUGGAAAGAAAUCGUGUAUUGGCUCGUCGAAGAUUAGAUGAUAAAUUAGAUGUACACUUUAAUGGAGAAAAUAGUCAAGUCCAACAAAUUCGUCUUCAAGAAAAAUCUAAGGAACAUCAGCUUUAUUUACGGUCUAAAAAACGUCUAGCUGCAAAACAAGCGUUUAAAGAACUUGUGGGUUUAACAAAAAACAGAUCGUCAAAUCAGAAUGAUGUGAAUAUCAGUGUGAAAGAUGAUACUUAAUUAUGUUAACGACUGCUUAGAUUCAUCGCCAAUCAUAAUUCACCAUGUUGAUGUUAUUUUACAAUGUGAACUGAUACAUGUGUGUUAAGUUCUAAUUUUCCUGUGACUGACUCUACAGAUUUCCAAAUAAUAAAUUUAUGCGAUUAACUUAUCUUUUGUACAGUAGACCUUUACUUUUCAUUGUUGUCAUUAAUAAAUAUUGUUUGUUAGGAUA